GACGGUCCAGCCCCAUAACCCGGAAACAGCAUCGCUAAAGGUCUCUUAGCAUCACGCUUCCAACAUGGCGGUGAAUCUGACAGACCUCUCCCUGCCUCAAUUAGAGGGACUGAAAACCCAGCUAGACCAGGAAGUUGAGUUCUUGACGUCUUCGAUAGGUCAGCUCAAAGUUGUCCAGACCAAGUAUGUUGAGGCAAAAGAUAGCUUGAAUGUCCUGAACAAAAACAAUAAAGGAAAAGAACUCCUUGUGCCUCUUACCAGUUCUAUGUAUGUCCCCGGGACAUUAAAUGAUGUGGAACACGUUUUAGUGGAUGUGGGGACAGGAUACUAUGUUGAAAAGAACGUGGAAGACUCAAAGGCAUUCUUUAAGCGCAAAAUAGACUUCCUUACAAAGCAGAUAGAGAAAAUUCAGCCAGCCCUACAGGAAAAGCAUGCCAUGAAACAAGCUGUAAUUGAAGUAAUGAACAUGAAGAUCCAGCAGUUACAACAGAGCCAACAAGCCUCACAAAUGGGGACCACCAAGGCAUAAUAAGAACAGCUGUUUGAACUCCUUAUGAGCGGGAGGAUUUUUUAGUUUGUGUUGAGAAAACAUGCUUCAAUCUGACGAGCACAAACCUUGUUUCAAGUAUAUUACAAGUAGCCUGUUGUUAUUGUAAAGCAGCCAUAUGCGCUUGGUCAAUUUUAAAUUAAAUUGGGUGUCCAGCAUGUUUGAUUAUUAAAGAGGUCACUGUGGAUUCAA